UCCUUGAUCAUCUCACUCUAAUCACCAUUUCUGUUUUCUUUUAUUGGGGGCUCUUUGAUCUUCUUUCUUACUUCUCAGUUUUUCUAUAUCUCGCUUCAACUGUUUCUUUCUCAUUAUUUAUUUUUUUGAUGAUUCUGUGGUUAUUGAUUAUCUUCAAAAGAAAAACCUUGUUUUGUUAGCUCUUAUAUUCAGAUCUCUAUCUUCUUUUUCUUGUCGAGAAAUGUAACGAAAAAUGCUUGAGAAAAAUCUAUUUUAGAUGUUUUCUCUUUUGGUGAAAUUUUCUUUUCAGGUUAAUGUUUUUGAUUGAAUUUAUGUGGAAAGUUUGUUGGCUGAGAGUAAGAUGAAGAAGCAUGUUAGCAGAAACUUUGUGGUUCCAGAUGCUCAAUCAAAAGGUUACUUUACAAGAACACAGUUAUGGAUGAUUUCAAACUUCUUGUAGGUUGCCUUCUGCUUUGACUUAGUUGGUUGACGACGAGAGAGAGCACGUUUGUCAGCAGUCAUGCAAUGGACAUGUCUGUCUACAUGCGUGCUCUCUUUUGCCGUCAUACAAUUUUCUCAAGGAAGGUUCCUUUGCAUUGGCUUAUUGGUAAGCAAGGGACUGUAGCUGGAACUGAUCAGGAUCAGAACCCAUAGCUGGGCAUUUGCACCUGGACUGCCGAUACACGAAGAGAAGUCUAUCUUGUUUUAACAUUAGCUAAUCCUUCAACCCUAAUUUCUGUCAUGUCAUCUAUCAAAUAAAAAGCCAAGGUAACUGUGCAACUUGAUUGAGUAAUUAGUAUGAUUUGCUGCUGUACUGUGGUAGUUGUUACUGUUUUGAUGGUCUGCGGACCGUAGUUCACAUUUAGUUGGCAUCGACGACUAUGAUAGAGACAGACCACAAAGUUACUCACAUUUUGGGUGCAAAGGCUGUUUAUGUGUUUUUUUUGGCUGGCUUCAGUGGGAGGUAAUUGUUAAUUUUUUGGUGAAUUUGUUUAAUGUUAGAAGAUUGCCAUCUCUUUGAGAAUCAGAUUAUCAUAAAGUUUUCCUCAGUUUCCUUUUCUUGUUUUUUUUCUUAUCUGGUUAUUUUUGGAACAGUGGAACUCUUAACUUCAUAGUUCAUGCAUGUGCAAAGUCCACUCUAGAUUCAUAUAGAUAAAUAGCAAUGAUGAUGAGAAAAGUGACUUCCAUUUGUCAUAACUCAAUGGGGAACUGAAAGAUUAGGCAAGCUGAUUAAGCUCUAAUUUGGAUAGAACCAUUCUGUACUUAUUUGUUGUUGCCAACUUAUCAAGUUACCUAAUGUUUCCCUCAUUAUUUUGUUUGUUCAUCUUCUGUUUUUCUGAUCGUUGUGUGCAUUUCUCUGAGCAACAGCGCAGUGGUAAUUGCUGAGGAAGCACGUUAGAUUCUAAAGUAAUUUGAUAUUUCUAUCAGCUGUGGUCAGUUUGAAGGAGCUCUAGGUUGGGCGUUUGCCAAUAUAAUAUGAAGUGCGAUUACAACGUAUGUUUUUGCAUUUAUAGAAGUCAUAUAAGUAGAACUUUCGGGAGAGGUAGAGGUGGUGACAUCGCAAUGAUAGGACUGCUACAAGCAGUUAUGGAGAAGUAAGUUCACAAAGGCGAUUUGCGGUUGAUGCUACAAAAGAUGCAAGUUUCAAGCCCUCAAACAUGCAAAUUGGAGGGAGGUAAAUUUUGAAGAAGCAUAGCCAAUGGUGAUCACUAUCUUCUCAUCAGCUGAGCAAGUCUUAGCCCUUGCAUCAUGCUUCUUUAAUGAACGCAAAGCUAGAUGGGGGUAAUUUCUUACCUGUUCUCUCCUUGUGUUGAUUUGGAUGAGGAUGAUGUUAUGUCAUAUCUAGACCCAGCUUUAUGUUCAUUUUGGUCCUUCAGCAUGCAAUCGUCUUCUUCAGCUGAGUCGUCCAAAGCCGGCAUUAUCAUCCUUCGCUCCAAUGUUUGGUCAAUUCUUAGUUCCUGAUCAGAGUGCGCGUGUUCUUAGUGUCACAGAUGGAUUAUUACAUUAAGGAAAGCUAUUUAUCAUGAUCUAUCUCAUACUUAUCUCAAUGGUGCUUCUGGUAAAAGGUUAAAUUGCGGGGGAGUUGUUCAUUUUGUUCCUGGAAUUGCAAAUCUUUACUGCUUUCUUGGGAGGCCUCCCAAAGGUGAAUUCAGAAGCUUGGUAUUACUGAUAAUCCUUGACUAGAGUCACGAGACAGAUGUGAUUGCAUGUAGCAUAUAAUAGAUGAGCAAAAUGGAGUGCUUCGAACAUAAGUACUGUUAUCACAUAACCUCUCGAGUGUAUAAAGACAUCUGUGUGGUUUUAAGAUCGCAACCGUUUUUAGGUUUACAUGUGGUACUUUCCUUGUUUAAAUAUUUGCUGAAAAGUAAGGAAAAUGUACCGAGGAUAUCAGUUUAUUACUCGCUAUGACAGAAGAUGAAAUGGUUCAUUCAAGUCAGGACUCUGAAGCUCAGGUGCUCGGGCUCAGUGCAUAGAUAAAAAAACACAUACAUAUGAACCAGAGAUACAGAUGUUAUCCUAGCAUCACCAAAGUGGGAUAGAUCAUAGACUCACAUUUUCAUCUUUCUCUACUUAUUUAAACCGGAAAAGCAGGGAAAAAAAAGAAGAAGAAAACUCUCCGUUUAUAACCUUUUAAAACCAUCGAGUGCACAAUCCGUCGUCAUCAGUAAUUUGUCUUAAAAGUUAUGUUUUAGCCAAUUAUAUUGGUAACUCUUAUAACGGGGAAGAGUUACAGAAAAUAUUUGUGGUUUGAUUUUUAUUUUUUUUUUUUCAAAUUUCACCUGUGUAAUUUUAUUUUAUUUUUCUGUAGGCUCUAGUAUUUCAUGACAAAUAAAAACUCUUUUGUAGUCCCGGAUGGUAGUAGGCUCUUUGCCAUUUGCCUCUGAUAACUAGAAAUCAACUUGAAUUAAUGACUCAUUCUCUACCCAUUACAGCAAACAUAGCUUUACCGCCAAUUUUAAUCCCAAAUUCCAAAAACCCUCCAAAUAGAAAACAGUUAAUCUCUCUGCUGCAAAGUUGCAGACACAGUAAUCAAAUCACACCAAUACAUGCUAAAAUCAUAAGAAACAAUUAUCACAAUGACGCCUUUGUUGUCUUUGAGCUACUUCGUGUUUGUUCCAAUCUCAGCUCUAUUAACUACGCAUCCAAAAUCUUCUCUUUCACUGAAAACCCAAAUGUAUAUCUCUACACUGCCCUCAUUGAUGGAUUUGUGCUUUCGGGAAGUUUCAUUAGUGGGAUUCACUUAUAUUAUCAGAUGAUCAAUUUGUCAAUUGUACCUGAUAACUAUGUUAUCACUUCUGUUUUAGAAGCUUGUGGGUUUCAAUUAGCGUUGAAACAAGGUAUACAGGUUCAUUGCCAGGUCUUGAAACUUGGGUUGAGUUCUAAAAGGUUAAUGAGAUUGAAAUUGAUGAAGUUUUACGGCAAAUGUGGAUCCCUGAAAGAUGCGGAGAGGCUAUUCGAUGAAAUGCCUGAACGAGAUGUUGUUGCAUCAACAAUUAUGAUAAAUUCUUACUUCGAGCAUGGAUUGAUUCAAGAGGCUAUUCGUGUUUUUAAUCUGAAUAAGAGUAAAGAUACGGUGUGUUGGACUGCGGUGAUUGAUGGGUUGGUUAGGAAUGGAGAGAUGAAUAGAGCUUUAGAGGUGUUUAGAGAAAUGCAAAGAGAGGAUGUGCGGCCUAAUGAAGUUACUAUUGUUUGUGUUUUGUCUGCUUGUUCACAGCUCGGGACUUUGGAGCUCGGAAGAUGGGUGCAUUCUUAUAUGGGGAAGUAUGGAAUUGGGAUCAAUCAUUUUGUUGGCGGUGCUUUGAUUAAUAUGUAUUCUAGGUGUGGUGAUAUUGAUGAAGCAUGGCGAGUAUUUGAGGAGAUGAAAGAGAGAAAUGUUAUCACCUACAAUUCUAUGAUUGUGGGGUUUUCCUUGCAUGGGAAGAGCAGUGAAGCCAUUGAAUUAUUCAGGGGAAUGACAAAACAAGGACUUGAACCUACUAGUGUCACUUUUGUUGGUGUGUUGAAUGCUUGUAGUCAUGGGGGUUUGGCAGAUCUAGGAUUUGAAAUCUUUAACUCUAUGGCUAGGGAUUACAAGGUUGAACCACAAAUUGAGCACUAUGGAUGCAUGGUUGAUCUUCUAGGUCGGCUAGGUCGGGUUGAAGAGGGAUAUGAUUUUAUUAAAACAAUGAGAGUAGCACCGGAUCAUGUUAUGCUGGGAGCUUUACUAAGUGCUUGUAAGAUUCAUGGAAACGUGGAAUUAGGAGAAGAGAUUGCAAGAAGUUUGGUGGAUUGUGGAAAUGCAGAUUCAGGAACUUAUGUUUUGCUAUCAAAUGUGUAUUCUUCAUCAGGGAAAUGGAAAGAAGCAGCACAAGUGAGAGCAGAGAUGAAACAGGGGGGAAUGGAAAAGGAACCAGGUUGCAGUUCCAUUGAAGUCAACAAUAAGAUUCAUGAGUUCCUUUUGGGAGAUAUCAGACACCCUCAAAAGGAAGCAAUCUAUAAAAAGCUAGAAGAGUUGAACCAAAGAUUAACAUUGGAAGGGUAUACUCCUGAAACAGAAGUAGUGCUGCAUGAUAUUGAGAACUGGGAGAAAGAACGGGCUUUGGCAAUACAUAGUGAGAGGCUUGCAAUAUGCUAUGGACUAAUCUCGAGUGAAGCAUUUACUACAAUAAGGGUUGUAAAAAAUUUGAGGGUAUGCAAUGACUGCCACUCAAUGAUCAAGCUCAUUUCUAAGAUUACCAAGAGAAAAAUAGUGGUCAGGGAUCGCAAUAGGUUUCACCAUUUCGAACAUGGCACUUGUUCGUGUGGGGACUACUGGUGAAAUGAAACUGUAAAUUUUCCUAUGCUCUCUGUAUAAAGAAUCCAUAUACAUUCCCCCUUUCACAACUUUCUUCAAAAAUGGUCCAAGGAAUUCUUCUUCAA